GCAUUGUGUAAAGCAUAAUAUUUAGAGCAGUGUAUAUCGACAUAAACUUAUCCCAUAAUUUGUGUUAGAUAUCCUACCACAACAGAAGGUUUCUGGCAAAGAAAGUGAAUUGAAGUGACAAAUCGGAUACAUCUUAAUUCUGUUGUUUAGUGAACAUCGUCUCGGAGUUUUCUAUCGGUUGUUUGCUGUAGGCCACUGUAACCAAAGUCCGUGUUCUGGUUAGAAUGGCCCCACCCAACAAUGAAUGCUCGUACGAUGUGAUUAGCAACGUAGCCGAUGCUUCCGGUGAAGCAAACGAGUCGUCGAAGGCGUCGCAGAUGGCUUGGGAAACACCGGUGGCCCAGGGUCUGUACGAUCCACAGAACGAGCAUGAAGCAUGCGGCGUUGGCUUUAUCGUGUCGAUUGAAGGAAAACCGAACCAUAAGAUCCUACGCGAUGCUCAAACCCUUGCCAUACGCAUGAACCACCGUGGUGCAUGCGCCUGUGAUAAUGACACCGGCGAUGGUGCUGGCGUUUGCACCUCGAUUCCCCAUCAGCUGUACGCCAAGGAGCUAGCUUCUCAUGGCGUUGAACUGCCCGCCCUUGGCCGCUAUGCAACGGGCAUCUUCUACCUGGACAAGACGACGCAUGAGGAAGCGGAGAAGGAGUUCAAUUCGCUCGCCGAAAGCUUGGGCAUCCAGGUGAUUUACUGGCGCGACGUCCCCACCAAUCAGGAGGCGGUCGGUGCGGUGGCCCGCAAGAGCGAGCCCAUGUCUCGUCAAGUGUUUGUCACCUCCGAGGUCGACGAAGAAACGUUCAAGCGGCAGGUAUUCAUCCUCCGUAAGCGUGCCACUCACGAGUUGACCCGCCCGGGACGUCGCUUCUACAUCUGCUCGCUGUCCCCGAAGACGAUCGUCUACAAGGGACUGUUCACUUCCGACCAGAUAUGGGAGUACUACGUGGACCUGAAGAACCCCGACUUCCUCACCUAUCUGGCGCUGGUGCACACGCGCUUCAGUACGAACACAUUCCCAUCGUGGGAGCGGGCGCAUCCGCUGCGCGUGCUGGCCCACAACGGUGAGAUUAACACGCUGAGAGGCAACGUGAACCUGAUGAAGGCCCGCGAGGGUGUCAUGAAGAGCGAGCAGUUUGGUGAUGAGCUGAAGAAGCUGUACCCGGUCGUCGAGCCGAACCUGUCCGAUUCGGGUUCGUGCGACUGUGUGCUCGAGUUUCUGACCCACGUCGGAAAUCGUUCCCUGCCGGAGGCCGUCAUGACGAUGGUGCCGGAAGCGUGGCAAAACGAUCGCACCAUGUCGCAGGAGAAGCGCGACUUCUACCACUGGUCCGCGUGCGUCAUGGAACCGUGGGACGGCCCGGCACUGAUCUCGUUCACCGACGGGCGCUACAUUGGCGCCAUCCUGGAUCGGAACGGUUUGCGCCCAUCGCGCUUCUACGUGACCAAGGACAAUCUGCUCAUCAUGGCCUCGGAAGUCGGCGUUUACGACGUAGAUCCCAAAGACGUUACGCUGAAGAGUCGACUGAAGCCGGGCCGCAUGCUGCUGGUGGACACGGAAAAGAAGGCGCUCAUUCAGGACAUCGAGCUGAAAUCGGAGAUUGCCAAGUCCCGUCCACAUGGAGAAUGGCUCAAGGAGCAGGUAAGGAUCAUCACCAUGGAUGACAUUCGCCGUGAGGCAGCCGAAAAGAUGAACGGUACAUUGGAGCUGGCUGUAACCAACGGAGGAAAGCUAGAGGAGCAGAAGGGCAUCCUGGAUCCGCGGUUGCAGUUGUACAGCUACACGACCGAAACGAUCCACAUGCUGCUGCUGCCAAUGAUCAAGAACAAGAAGGAAGCGCUCGGUUCGAUGGGUAAUGACGCGCCGCUUGCCUGCCUGUCCGCGUUCCAGCCGCUCCCAUACGAGUACUUCAAGCAACUGUUUGCUCAAGUUACCAACCCACCGAUCGAUCCAUUCCGUGAAAAGAUCAUCAUGUCGCUGCAGUGUCCGGUCGGGCCGGAGGCAAACCUACUGGUGGCCUCGCCCUCGCAGGUACAUCGCAUCUGGUUGGAUAAUCCGAUUCUUAGCAUUCCGGAUGCUGAAAUUCUGAAAAGAAAUCAACAUCGGGGCUGGAAAACUAAGGUUCUCGAUAUUACAUUCCCAGCGAACGAGGGUCCACCGGGCUACAAGAACGGGCUGCGGCGCGUCUGUACUGAGGCGCACGCCGCGGCCCAGAACGGCUACCAGCUGCUGAUGCUGUCGGAUCGUGCCGCCAGUGCCGAGCGGGCGCCGAUCUCGGCCCUGCUGGCCCUCGGUGCCGUGCAUCAUCAUCUGAUCGAGACGCGCCAGCGCAUGAAGGUGGGUUUGCUCGUCGAAACGGCGGAGGCCCGGGAGGUGCAUCACGUGUGCGUACUGCUUGGCUACGGUGCGGACGCGAUCUGCCCGUAUCUGGUCUUUGAAAUGGCCGGUGCGCUGCGGGACGAAUGCGUGCUCGAUCCGGCGCUGACGGACGAUGCCAUCUACCGGGCGUAUGCGACCGCCAUCGAGACGGGCAUCCUGAAGGUGAUGGCCAAGAUGGGCAUCUCGACGCUGCAGUCCUAUAAGGGGGCGCAGAUUUUCGAAGCCGUCGGCAUGGGCGUGGACCUGAUUGAUCUGUGCUUCCGCGGCACGCAGUCACGUAUCGGUGGCGUCAGCUUGGAGGUGAUGGCCCGCGAGGGUCUCGAGCGGCACGAACUGGUGUACGGUACGCGCCACGCGGAUGCCAAGAUCCUACGCAAUCCGGGCCAGUUCCACUGGCGUGCCGGAGGCGAGGGGCAUAUCAACGAACCGGGGGCCAUCGCGGCCCUGCAGGAAGCGGCCGUCAACGAGAGCAAGAACGCGUACGCGACGUUCCGCGAUACAACCAUGCGUAGCGUGCAGCUGUGCACGCUGCGUGGUCAGCUGGAGCUAGCAAGUGCCGGUCGGACGAAGAUCGAUCUGUCGGAGGUGGAACCGGCCAGCGAGAUCGUGAAGCGUUUCGCUACGGGCGCGAUGAGCUUUGGCAGUAUUUCGCUCGAGGCCCAUCAAACGCUGGCCAUUUCGAUGAACCGCAUCGGAGGCAAGAGCAACACGGGCGAGGGCGGUGAGAACGCGGAUCGGUACAUGAACCAGGAUCCACAGCAUAACCGUCGUUCGGCGAUCAAGCAGGUUGCGUCCGGCCGGUUCGGUGUGACAGCCGCGUACAUCGCGAACGCCGACGAUCUGCAGAUCAAGAUGGCACAAGGUGCGAAGCCUGGUGAGGGCGGUGAGCUGCCCGGGUACAAGGUAUCGCAGGACAUUGCCGAUACGCGUCAUUCGGUGCCGGGCGUUGGGUUGAUCUCUCCACCGCCCCAUCAUGACAUCUACUCGAUCGAGGAUCUGGCCGAGCUGAUUUACGAUCUGAAGUGCGCCAAUCCUAAGGCGCGCAUCAGCGUGAAGCUGGUGUCGGAAGUUGGCGUCGGCGUGGUAGCAUCCGGUGUGGCAAAGGGCAAAGCGGAACAUAUCGUCAUCUCCGGACACGAUGGUGGAACUGGCGCUAGUAGCUGGACCGGCAUCAAAUCGGCCGGUUUGCCGUGGGAACUGGGAAUUGCCGAAACGCAUCAGGUGCUUGUGUUGAAUGAUCUUCGUUCAAGAGUGAUUGUACAGGCCGAUGGACAGCUGCGCACGGGUUUCGAUGUUGUCGUUGCGGCACUGCUCGGUGCGGACGAAUUCGGGUUCAGUACCGCGCCCCUGAUCGUUAUGGGCUGCACGAUGAUGCGCAAGUGUCAUCUGAACACGUGCCCAGUUGGUAUCGCUACGCAGGAUCCCGUCCUGCGGGCCAAAUUCGCUGGCAAACCGGAACACGUGAUCAACUACUUCUUCAUGCUGGCGGAGGAGAUUCGCGAAAUUAUGGCCAGCCUCGGGCUGCGCCGUUUCCAGGAGCUGAUCGGUCGCACCGAUCUGCUGAAGGUGCGCGAAACCGUUUCGUACAAGGCGUCCCAGCUGGACCUCGAGAUGCUGCUGAAGAGUGCCCUUGAUUUGCGCCCCGGAACGAACAUUGUCGGUGGUUCGUUGAAGCAAGACUUUGCCCUGGAGAAGCGUUCCGACAAUGAGCUGGUACGGCGUGCCCUGUCCGUGAUCGAGGGUACGGCUGCGGAACCGCAUCUGACGUUGGACAUGAAGAUAAACAACGAGGAGCGUGCUUUCUCGAGCACGCUCAGCUACGAAAUUGCCCGCCGAUAUGGGGACGCCGGACUGCCGGAAGAUCGCACGAUCAACAUCAAUCUGACCGGCUCGGCCGGGCAAAGUUUCGGUGCGUUCCUGGUGAAGGGCAUCAAGAUGACGCUGGAUGGCGAUGCGAACGAUUACGUGGGAAAGAGCCUUUCGGGAGGCACUAUCGUCAUUCGCCCACCAGAGGGAACCACUUUCGAGUCGCAUCUGAACGUGAUCGUGGGUAAUGUCUGCCUAUACGGUGCCACUUCCGGUCGUGCGUACUUCCGUGGUAUCGCUGCCGAGCGUUUCUGCGUGCGCAACUCGGGCGUGACCGCUGUGGUGGAAGGCGUUGGUGACCAUGGCUGCGAGUACAUGACGGGUGGUAUGGUCGUCAUUCUGGGUCUUACCGGGCGCAACUUUGCCGCUGGCAUGUCGGGUGGAAUAGCGUACGUACUGGACGUGGAUGGUACGUUCCGCUCGAAGGUGAACCCGGGCAUGGUGGAAUUGCUGGGGCUGGAGCUCGAUGAGGAUCGCGCCACGGUGAAGACACUGCUGGAGGAGUUUGUUAACGAGACGGGUUCGGAAGUUGCCAAGGAGCUGCUGUCGAAGUGGCCGGAACCGUGUCAGCAAUUCGUGAAGGUAUUCCCCUACGAAUACCAGAAGGCAUUGAAGACACUAAAGGAGCAGCAGAACCAGCUAGUGAAGGCCCCGACCCCGGCGACCAACGGUCAUCCGAAGGAACCACAGGUGAAGGACAUCGAGGAGUCUAUUCAGGAUGGGCAGCUGGCAAAGAAGAAGUUCGAUCAGGCGUUGGACAAGACGCGCGGCUUCAUCAAGUACAAGCGCGAGGCAACGGUGUACCGCAAUGCGGCCGAUCGGCAGAAGGACUGGAACGAAGUGUUCAACUUCCCGCACGUACGUAACAAUCUGAAGAUGCAAGCGGCCCGCUGCAUGGAGUGUGGCGUUCCGUUCUGCCAGUCGAACUCGCACGGCUGUCCGCUCGGCAACAUCAUCCCGAAGUGGAACGACCUCGUGUUCAAUGGCAACUGGCGCGAAGCGAUCAAUCAGCUGCUGCAGACGAACAAUUUCCCCGAGUUUACCGGCCGUGUCUGUCCUGCACCGUGCGAGGGCGCUUGCGUGCUAGGUAUUUCCGAGCCCGCCGUCACGAUCAAGAACAUCGAGUGUGCGAUCAUCGACCAUGCGUUCGAGCAGGGCUGGAUUAAGCCCGAGGUACCGCAGGUGCGCACCGGCAAACGGGUCGCUAUCGUUGGCUCGGGUCCGGCCGGAUUGGCCGCUGCCCAGCAGCUCAACAAGGCCGGCCACCACGUGACGGUGUUCGAACGCAACGAUCGUCCCGGAGGUCUGCUGCAGUACGGCAUUCCGACGAUGAAGCUCUCCAAGCAGGUCGUCCAGCGUCGGCUCGAUCUGAUGGUGGAAGAGGGCAUCGAGUUCCGGUGCGGCGUACAUAUCGGCAAGGACGUGAUGGGCUCGCAGCUGGAGCAGGAGUACGAUGCGGUUCUGUUCACGACCGGCGCAACCUGGCCGCGCGAUCUGAACCUACCGAACCGCGACCUGAAGGGCAUUCACUUUGCGAUGGAGUUCCUCGAGGCGAGCCAGAAGAAGCUACUCGGCACCCGCCCAGAGUGGAUCUCGGCCGAAGGCAAGGAUGUGAUUGUGAUCGGUGGUGGUGAUACGGGUUGCGAUUGUAUUGCAACGUCCCUACGUCAAGGUGCGAAGUCUAUCACCACGUUCGAAAUCCUCCCGGUGCCAUCGGAGAAGCGCGCGCAGGACAAUCCGUGGCCACAGUGGCCUCGCAUUUUCCGUGUUGAUUACGGCCACGAGGAAGUUCGCGUAAAGUGGGGCAAAGAUCCACGCCAGUAUUCUACCACGACCAAGGAGUUCGUGAGCGACGGCAAUGGACAGAUCAAGGGCGUUAACACGGUGCAGGUUGAGUGGACCAAGACACCCACCGGCCAGUGGAGCAUGAAGGAGGUGGCUGGAUCGGAGAAAUACUAUCCGGCUGACCUAAUCCUGCUAGCGAUGGGAUUCCUUGGGCCGGAGAAACAGGCACCAACCGAGAUGAAUCUGGAACUUGACGGAAGAGGUAAUAUCAAGACGAGUGUCGGAACGUACGGCACGGCCAACCCGAAAGUGUUUGCGGCCGGCGAUUGUCGCCGCGGCCAGUCGCUGGUGGUGUGGGCCAUCUCCGAGGGACGUCAGGCCGCGCGUCAGAUCGACACGUAUCUGAUGGGCAAAACGAGCGCCCUGCCCGGUCCGGGUGGAGUGAUCGAUACAACCCGAUCGCCAAUCGCCGUUAACGCAUAAACAAACAAACAAACAACGCAACGUCGACCUACUGGCGAACAAAACAUGGCAGAGGACUGCUGGUCAUGCGGUCACACAGCGCAUCACCCACUAGCCGUGGAUUGUGGGAGAUUGAAAUAGAUGCAGUAUCUCCUUCAUCCUCCUCCUCCUCCUCCUCCUCCUCCUCCUCGUUCUCUCACCCGUUUAUGUUUAUGGGACAUUGGGGGGAGGGAUGGGCAUUGGAUGGAGAAUGGGCAGAGAUGGAAAUAUUUAUUACGAUUAAAAUAUGGUUACGAUUUUAUUUAAUGUGCCUAAGGCCAUUACUACGGGGACGAUUGUAAACUACUUCUCCCCGUCAAGUUUUGCUAUUUCGAAUCUGGGAAGCAAGUGUCUCGCUUAUGGCAAGACAAAAGGGAAAAGAGACCACACAUCAAACGCCUCAAAGGCAAAGACCCGUUCUGAGAUAAUUGAUAUCGCGCACAAUAUCGCCCGUUGUUAAAUCUAUCUACCGAAGUGGGGUGGGAGGCGCAUCUCUUGUUACGCUGUGUAAUCGGUUUAGUUGAACACACUAAAAACAAAACACUAGUUGUUAUAGUGAGGAUCAUCGGAGUGUCGCGAUACUCUCGAGUGUUUGUACCGUGUGACAGUGACGACGAUCGUUUGGAGUUGGUUUAUUAAAUCAUGCUUGUGUGAAGGCGGCGGAGUUGUCCGUGAUGGCUCGCCUUCUGGUAUUUCCAUUCCGGUUGCAAGACACAACAUAUAUAGUAGCUUCCGUAGUAGUGAAGAACCGUGUUGUGUAGAGGGUUUCAAGAUAUGGAUUUCACCACCGGUCAGAGAUCUUCAAUCGUCCAGCAGUCAGUCAAUCAGUCACUGUCGCUCGGGUACAAAUGGAGUGCAUUUUAAGGAAACUAUAUAUAUACAAAAAACGAAACAAAAUCCCAUACAUAAUACACACUAGGAACCUUUAUCACGUGUAUGCUAAAUUAACACCUAUCCAAUGUCAAACCAACUACUAUUUAAUGGUGACGCUUGAUAGUCUAAUUUAGUUUGUUUUUUUCUUUUACGGCAGCGAUGCGGGUCUAUUAGGAGCUAUACUAUUAUUAUGUGUUAUGGACACGAUAGAUAGAAAGAAGCGGAAUGAGCGUUAUAAUUUAUUUUAUCUUUCCUACAUUAAAACAUUACAUGCUUCCCGCUCCCGUAUGGCUACACAUAUGCACCAUCUGUUUUUGGUAUGUUUUAAUCGCCCCGGCGGUUCCCCAUCUCCAACUUGCGUUAGUGCUUCGAUUUUUUUUAAACUUACGAUUUCGUAGAGAUAGAUUUUAAGUGGAGAAUUAACGGAAAGUGUUUAAGCAGGCAGCUACAUUAAAGAAAGUGCCCUGUACCAUCUGUGUUAUUGAUUCCCUAAUGCACUAAAAUAAUACAUACGAGUAGCGCAGCGUAUAUGUUAUAGUUUCUUGUUAUUUUUUUCUUCUCAUCUUUGGAUUAAUGUUUGUUACUUUGGCAAAAAGUAAAGCAACGGAAGAACAAACAACUAAAGAAGGAAAUAUAUUAUUUCUGAAAGUU